CCCCGCAUCCUCCGGUCCCUCGUUCUCCUCAUCCUUCUGUGCGCGCUCCCGGGGCUGCUGCUGCUGCUGCUGCGGGCGGCGGGAGGCGAGGGAAAUCGGCGAGGCCCGGGGCCGGACACACCCGGAGGAAAGACACAACCGGUCACUAAAUCUAACUCCAGUAGAGCACCUUUGUGAUGUGGUAGAAUGGAAGAUUUGCAUCAUGGAUGCGCAGCCGACAAAUCUGCAGCAACUUUGUGAAGCCAUCAUGUCCAUAUGGAUCACCCAUUUCUGAGGAAUGUUUCCAGCACCUUGUAUAAGGUCGAGCGGAUGCUGGUUGUGCCACCUGUCUGCUGCUUGACUGUCGUGGCCUUAGAUUUUGGGAUACAGGAUGUGACUGAAGUGCCCUGUUCGGGAGACCUUGAAUUUCUGUAACACCCUUACUUCCUUGGUGCUUACACUCUGGAUGCUAGGACUGUAUUGUUCAUACCAUGCAUGUGGUUGGGCUUGGUGUCGCCCCUGGGAAGCUGAGUCUGGCCCUGUGGGUUCUGAGUGUGACUGCUCGUGUACUCAUCUCUCAUGCACAGGUAUAUUCACAGACUGUGAACACACACUACGGCAAGCUGCGUGGCACGCGAGUUUCUUUGCCCAACGAUAUAUUGGGCCCUGUGGAUCAGUACUUGGGGGUGCCUUAUGCUGCACCACCUGUGGGAGAGAAACGUUUCCUUCCUCCAGAGCCUCCUCCUUCUUGGUCUGGGAUACGAAAUGCCACACAUUUCUCACCUGUGUGCCCACAGAAUAUACAGAAUGCAGUACCAGACAUAAUGAUGCCAGUCUGGUUCACUUCAAAUCUUGAUACUGUGACUGGAUAUCUUCAGGAACAAAGUGAGGAUUGCCUAUAUCUGAACAUCUAUGUUCCUACAGAGGAUGUAAAACGGAUUUCCAAGGAGUGUGUCCGAAAACCCAACAAGAAAAUAUGUAGGAAAGGAGGACCCAGUGCUAAGAAACAGGGGGAAGAGGUAUCGGAUAAUGACGAAGACGAGGAAGGAGAUAUCCGUGACACGGGUGCCAAACCAGUCAUGGUGUACAUCCAUGGAGGAUCCUACAUGGAGGGCAGUGGAAAUAUGAUUGAUGGAAGUGUACUGGCCAGCUAUGGCAAUGUGAUAGUCAUCACCCUAAACUAUCGUGUGGGAGUCCUGGGAUUCCUAAGUACUGGAGAUCAAGCAGCUAAAGGAAAUUAUGGACUUCUUGAUCAAAUUCAGGCACUUCGCUGGGUGAGCGAAAAUGUGGCAUUUUUUGGUGGGGACCCUCGCAGGAUCACAGUCUUUGGCUCAGGCAUUGGAGCCUCUUGUGUUAGUCUCCUCACACUUUCUCAUCAUUCUGAAGGUCUGUUCCAGAGAGCUAUCAUACAGAGUGGUUCUGCUCUUUCCAGCUGGGCAGUUAAUUACCAGCCUGUUAAGUACACACGAUUGCUUGCGGAAAAGGUGGGUUGUAAUGUACUAGACACUGUGGACAUGGUUGACUGCCUUCGCCAGAAAAAUGCCAAAGAGUUGGUGGAGCAAGAUAUCCAACCAGCCCGGUAUCAUGUAGCCUUCGGUCCAGUUAUUGAUGGAGAUGUAAUUCCAGAUGACCCGGAGAUUCUUAUGGAGCAAGGCGAAUUUCUCAACUAUGAUAUAAUGCUGGGGGUCAACCAAGGUGAAGGACUAAAGUUUGUGGAGAAUGUGGUGGAUGCAGAAGAUGGUGUUUCUGGGAGUGAUUUUGAUUACUCAGUUUCAAACUUUGUGGAUAACCUGUAUGGAUACCCAGAAGGAAAAGACACACUUCGUGAGACCAUCAAGUUCAUGUACACAGAUUGGGCAGAUCGAGACAAUCCUGAAACUCGUCGAAAAACACUGGUUGCUUUGUUUACUGACCAUCAGUGGGUAGAGCCAUCUGUGGUAACUGCUGAUUUACAUGCCCGUUAUGGUUCACCAACAUAUUUUUAUGCCUUCUAUCAUCACUGCCAGAGCCUGAUGAAGCCAGCAUGGUCUGAUGCAGCCCAUGGAGAUGAGGUGCCCUAUGUAUUUGGUGUCCCUAUGGUGGGCCCAACAGAUUUAUUUCCCUGCAAUUUCUCCAAGAAUGAUGUGAUGUUAAGUGCUGUUGUCAUGACUUUCUGGACCAACUUUGCCAAAACAGGGGACCCCAACAAACCUGUCCCACAAGACACCAAAUUUAUCCACACAAAAGCAAACCGCUUUGAGGAGGUGGCAUGGUCUAAAUACAAUCCACGAGACCAAGACUAUCUACAUAUUGGUUUAAAACCACGUGUACGUGAUCACUACCGUGCUACCAAAGUGGCAUUUUGGAAACACCUGGUUCCACACCUAUACAAUCUACAUGAUAUGUUUCAUUAUACUUCAACUACCACCAAGGUGCCACCAUCCGACACUACCCAGAAUUCACAUAUCACUCGCCGGCCCAAGGUGUGGGAUCCUAAACGACCAGCUAUUUCUCCAACACUCAAUGGUCCUGCAGCUAAAUGGAACCCAGACCUGGACCCAGUGGAUCCUGUUGUCAUACAGGAUCCAAGAGACUAUUCUACAGAACUUAGUGUCACUAUUGCAGUUGGAGCCUCUCUUUUGUUUCUUAAUGUGCUGGCUUUUGCUGCACUGUACUACCGUAAUGAUAAACGUCGUCAAGACACGCAGCGGCAACCUAGUCCACAGCGUGCCUCAGCCACCCGCGAUCCAACACACAGUCCUGUACCUCCUGAGGAACUAAAUUCUCUACAGAUAAACGCUGGACACCCCGAUUGUGAGGGAGGAGGGGUCUCCAGCCAUGAUAACCUGCGUAUGGCCACUCUUCCUGACUACACACUUACUUUACGUCGUUCGCCAGACGAUAUUCCACUCAUGACACCCAACACCAUCACCAUGAUUCCAAAUUCUCUGGUGGGACUGCAAAGCCUUCAUCCAUACAAUACAUUUUCUGCAGGCUUCAACAGCACUGGCCUCCCCCACUCACACUCCACGACUAGAGUAUAGCACCCCACCAUGUUGCACUUCCUUCUUGCCUGGACAUUAGAUCUAUAUUAAGUGUCUGAGGCAAGGGAGAAGUCAUUGAAAUGACACAUUCCAUACCCCCAAAGAGGAAGGGGGACCAGUGUGGGGCUCUGCUUCUAUGAUAAAAGGGUCUGUUCUGCCAAGACCCAUCAAGAACACCUUUCUUCUGUGCUCUUGUUUUCUAAAGUGCUUUACCCUUGUGGAGGCACGUAGAGAGUUAAGGAAGCUUAGCUGUGGAAAGGAUUUGACCUUACAGAUAAUGGUCUGCAACUAAGAAUAUGUAUAAGGAGGAGCAGGGGAUUGUGGGUGAAGAAGAGGCAGUAGGGAGACAAACCUAGCAUAUUUUCCUAUCCCUCCCCAGAAUUAAAUGUCAUCUAAGUUGUACUAUAAAGCUAUACUGGCUUUGAAAUUGUUUGGAGAAACAGUAUAGAGAAGCUGCUGUAGAUGAAAUGUCUUCUUUACUAGCCUAGGUACGAUGUAAAACAAAUAAAAAAAAAAUGUGUUAAAAUAAGCAGAAAAACAAUACAAUUAGUUGCAAAAAAAAAAAAAACAA